AUGGCGGAGCCGGUCCGGGAGGUGGCGGAGCGGGACCCGGAGAUGGUGGAGCCGGGCCGGGAGGUGGCGGAGCGGGACCCGGAGAUGGCGGAGCCGGGCCGGGAGGUGGCGGAGCGGGACCCGGAGAUGGUGGAGCGGGGCCGGGAGGUGGCGGAGCGGGGCCGGGAGGUGGCGGAGCGGGACCCGGAGGUGGCGGAGCGGCUCUCCCCCGCAGGGCCCGCUGGCCCGGUGUGCACCUUCCUGUUCAGGAAGCCGGGGCGCAGAGGGGCCGUGGGCCGCCGGCAGCGCGGGGUCGGGGACCCAGAGCCGGGGGACAGCGGCGAUGAGGACGAGGGCAGCUGCGUGGUCCGCCCGGGCGGGAAGCGGGCCGCCCGCGGGCCCCGGGUCCAGACGACGCGGGGCGGGCACCGCAGGGCUGGCGGCGCCUCGGGGUGCGAGGAGGAGGCGGAGGAGGAAGGGGAGGAGGAGGAGGAGGAGAGAGGGGCCCCCCGCGUGGUCUACAAGUCCACCCGCUCCGCGAAGCCCGUGGGGCCCGAGGACAUGGGGGCGACCGCGGUGUCCGAGCCGGACCCGGAGGAGGCGCGCCGGGAGGAGCCGCGGGCCGGGGCGCACGGCCCGACCUACCGGGGCCUCCGCAGCUACCGGCGCCUCCUGCCGCCCAGGGACGCGCGCGUGGGCCCCGGUGCGCGGGGCCUGGGGCGCGUGGGCCCCCUGCGCGCGCCCGAGCACCUGCGCGCCACGGUGCGCUGGGACUACCAGCCCGACCUGUGCAAGGACUUCAAGGAGACGGGCUUCUGCGGCUUCGGCGACAGCUGCAAGUUCCUGCACGACCGCUCGGACUACAAGCACGGCUGGCAGAUCGCGCGGGAGCUGGCCGAGGGCCGCCACGGCGCCGCCCAGGCCGAGAGCUACGAGGUGGGCGGCGAGGGCCCCGCGGUGCCGGCCGGCUGCCCCCUGUGCCGCCGGCCCUUCCGCCGCCCCGUGGUCACCCGCUGCCGCCACUGCUUCUGCGAGCGCUGCGCCCUGGAGCGCUACCGCGCCAGCCCGCGCUGCUCCGUCUGCGGCCGCCAGACCCACGGCGUCUUCAACCCCGCGAAGGAGCUGCUGGCCCAGCUGCGGAGGCGCCCGGCGGCGGAAGAGGACGGGGAGGCGACGGAGGGACCGGGACCGGCAGGCGGGGGCGGAGGGUCCCGGAGAGAUGGCCCGUGA